UUUCUCUGAUCGGUCAGAUGAGCCAGUGGAUCUGCACUAGGGCGGCCAACUUAAGCUUAGCGCUAUAACUCGCUGCACACUCCGCAGCACGCAGCGCUUCCAUUCCAUCAGCCGAGCCAUGACCAUGAUGAAGGCGCCCACGUCCACCUCCUACUCCUACCUCAUCCUGGCUCCCGUCGCCAUCCUGCUCCUCCUCUUUCUGCUCUCCUCACUCAACCGCACCGGCGCCGGCGGCGGCUCCGACGGCCUCGGCGUCCUCUGCGCCCGGCGCGCCGUCGCAGGCCACCCUGCCGCGGCUGUGUCGGCGCGGGCUGAGGCGGCGGAGCCGGAGCCGGAGCCGGAGCUGAGCCUGCUGGUCGGCAUCCUGACGAUGCCGAAGCGGCGGGAGCGGCGCGACAUCGUGCGGCUGGCGUACGCGCUGCAGCCGGCGGCGCAGGGCGCGCGGGUGGACGUGCGCUUCGUCUUCUGCAACGUGACGGACCCGGCGGAGGCGGCGCUGGUGGCGCUGGAGAUCAUGCACCACGGCGACAUCAUCGUGCUCGACUGCGCCGAGAACAUGAACGACGGCAAGACGUACGCCUACUUCUCGUCCGUGCCGCGGCUGUUCGCGGCGGCGCCCUACGACUACGUGAUGAAGACCGACGACGACACGUACCUGCGGGUGGCGGCGCUGGUGGCGGAGCUCCGUCCCCGGCCGCGCGACGACGUCUACCUCGGCUACGGCUACAACAUGAGCGGGGACCCGAAGCUGUUCAUGCACGGCAUGGGGUACGUGCUGUCGUGGGACCUGGCGAGCUGGGUGUCGACGGCGGAGGAGAUCCUGGCGCGGAACGACACGCUGGGGCCCGAGGACCUGAUGCUCGGCAAGUGGCUCAACCUCGCCGGCAAGGGCCGGAACCGGUACGACCUCAAGCCGCGGAUGUACGACCUCAGCUGGGACAUGGACAACCUGCGGCCGGACAGCGUCGCCGUGCACAUGCUCAAGGACAACCGCCGGUGGGCGACCACGCUCCGCUACUUCAACGUCACCGCCGGGAUCAAGCCGUCCGAGCUGUACCACCUGCCGUGAUCCAUCGCUUCUUCUGUUCGUGAUCCGUGCCGUGCGCCGUGUAUUCGUCAACACUGUGUAUCUAAUUAUUUUUAGAUGUGAGAUUUCGAUCGAACAUGCAUAUUGGCUGUAGAAGGAUGAGAAUGCACGUGUUGGCCGGCUCGAAGCCGCCGGGCAAGGUGCGGAAGCAUCUCGGGCUCGGGGCUUUGCUUCUCGAUGUUGCUGUCUUGCUGACGGUCGCAUGGACCUUGCCGUUCGUGCAUUUAUUGAUCGCGUCACGACGGUCGCCUUGUAGCGCGAUUCUGGGAUAAA